ACUGGCGGCAUGUAACCAAGCAUUAGCUAGCAACGCUCACCAUGCUGAAGAUCGUGAUCCUGUUGUCCGCCGUGGCCUGCGCCCUGGGUGGCACCAUCCCCGAAGGUCUCCUGCCCCAGUUGGAUGGUCGUAUUGUCGGCGGUUCUGCUACCACCAUCAGCAGCUUCCCCUGGCAGAUCUCUCUGCAGCGCAGUGGUAGCCACUCCUGCGGUGGAUCCAUCUACUCCGCCAACAUCAUUGUGACCGCCGCUCACUGCCUGCAAUCCGUGUCCACCUCUGUCCUGCAGGUCCGUGCUGGAUCCACCUACUGGAGCUCUGGCGGCACCGCCGUCAAGGUUGCCUCGUUCCGCAACCAUGAGGGUUACAAUGCCAACACCAUGGUCAACGACAUUGCUGUGAUCCGACUGAGCUCUUCGCUUAGCUUCAGCUCCAACAUCAAGGCCAUUAGCCUCGCUUCCUACAACCCGGCUAACGGAGCAUCCGCUGCUGUUUCCGGCUGGGGCACUCAGUCCUCUGGAUCCAGCUCCAUCCCCUCUCAGUUGCAGUACGUCAACGUGAACAUCGUCAGCCAGUCUCAGUGCGCUUCCUCCACUUACGGAUAUGGUAGCCAGAUCAGGAGCACCAUGAUCUGCGCUGCUGCCAGCGGCAAGGAUGCCUGCCAGGGUGACUCUGGUGGCCCAUUGGUCUCCGGUGGAGUUCUUGUUGGUGUCGUCUCCUGGGGAUACGGUUGCGCUUACUCCAACUACCCCGGUGUUUAUGCCGAUGUUGCUGUCCUCCGCACCUGGGUGAUCAGCACUGCCAACAGCAUUUAAGGGGAAUAACCUUUGAGUUGGACGCGUUGAAUUUCUUCAAUAAAAUUUUGCAAUAUAAAA